AUGGGAUAUCAUAUUAUUGACCGCGUAUGUUACUGUACUACACUUGUGAAUUAUGGGAAAUAUGACGUCACAAUGUUUACAGAAAAAACAUGUUUUGAUGGUUUGUUUACAGAGAUUAUCUUGAAUUAUGAACCAUAUCAGGUCAAAUUGAGCAGUAGCAACAGCAGGGUAAAGAGGAUGUUGACAUCGGAAGGUGAUGAGUAUAAUUGCCGUAUGAUCAAUACCAGAAGAAAGAGAGGCGUGUCUUCACCAGAGGCUUUGGGGUGUCCCGAAGAGAUCCUUGAAAAUGGAAAUGUUGUUGUAACAUGUAACGAUAAAAAAUGUCAAGCAGUCUAUACAUGUAAUGAAUGUUACACAUUGCUUAAUAAUGACAAACGUAAUUGCCUAGCAGGAUCUGGGACGUACACAAAGAAGGCUCCAGAAUGUCAACUGCAAGAAAAUUGUACUUCAGUUUCUCCAACAGAAGGUACAUCUACAGAGGCAAAUGUCACAGAUUCUGUAACAGAAGCAGUAACAGAACCCACAGAAGCUCCCACAGAACAACCUUUAGACUUUGGUUGUGAAUCCUUACCUGCACCUACUGAUGGAGAAGUUACAUUUGAUUGCAGUGACACAACAAAGAAGAUUUGUGCAGCAGACUACACUUGUAAUACAUGUUUUACGUUGGAUGGAACUAGUCAAAGGAAAUGCAAAAAGGGAGUUUGGAAUAAAUCGCCCCCAGUUUGUGUAAUCCAAGGAGACGGUUGCUCAACAUUGAAUCCAUGUGGAAGUUCUGCUCCAUUUUGCGUGAAUUGUACAUGUCAAACAUGUGAUGACCCAGAGGGUAAAUGUGGAGAAGAACCAGAUACUGUGACAGAGCCAGUAACAACAGAACCGAAAACAACAACAUUGCAGCCUUUAGAGUUCAACUGUCUAUCACUUCCAUCUCCUGAAUUUGGAAGUGUAUCUUUUGAUUGUAGUAAUGUGAAAAAUCAAGUUUGUGUUGCUGAUUAUGCAUGUAAUGAAUGUUUCACCUUGAAUGGGACAGACAGACAAAGAUGCAAAGAUGGUACUUGGAACAAAUCACCUCCAGUCUGUGAUAUACAAGGAGAUGGUUGCUCAACAUUGAAUCCAUGUGCUAGUUCUGCACCAUUUUGUGUGAACUGUGUUUGUCAAACAUGUGAUGAUCCAGAGGGUAAAUGUGAAGGUACAGUGACAGAACCAAGUACAACAAAAUCAACAACAACAGAGUCAACAACAACAAUGGAACCGUUAGAGUUCAACUGUCCAUCACUUCCAGCUCCUGAAGGUGGAAGUGUAUCUUUUGAUUGUAGUAAUGUGAAAAAUCAAGUUUGUGUUGCUGAUUAUGCAUGUAAUGAAUGUUUCACAUUGAAUGGGGCAGUAAGUCAAAGGUGCAAAGAAGGGUCUUGGAACAAAUCGCCUCCUGUUUGUGAUAUACAAGGAGAUGGUUGCUCUGAUAGUGCCCCUUGUAGAAGCACUGCCCCAUUCUGUGUUAACUGUACAUGCCAGACAUGUGAAGAUCCUUUAGGUGACUGUGAUCCAGAGAUAACCACAACCACAGAAGGUACCACUGUCGAAACAACUACUGUUACUACGACAGAAGCCCCAAAAGAAGUUGUCAUGGUGUCUGCCAAGUUUGGAUGUCCAGACCUACCCACUCCAGAUAACACUGAAUUGUCUAUACGAUGCAGUAAAAAAAAGAAAAAGUGCCUCGCAAAUUAUUCUUGCAAAACAAAUGUAUGCUCAAAUUUGGAAGGCAGCACAAAAAGAGCAUGUUCAGAGUCGAAACCUAAAUGGACAAAUGAGGAAGGAGUUUGCAUAAUCCAAGGAGAUGGGUGUUCAGAUGAUUCAUUCUGCGCAAAUAAAUAUAACAAGGUCACAGAUAAACGACCAUUUUGUGUUGAAUGUGUAUGUCAGGCAUGUGAUGCAAAUGGAGAAAACUGUGCUAUUAAUGAAGAGGAGGGUACCACAGUUACUACAACAGUUGAUUGUCCUGUCUGUGAUGUCACUUGUCCAUCACCAACGCCUGAUCCAAAUAUUGAUCUUUCUGAACUUGACCAGUGCUUGAGCAAUCCUUGUGCUAAUAAUGGAACAUGUAUUGAUGGAUAUAAUAGCUACACUUGUAGUUGUGCAGAUGACUGGGCAGGAACAAACUGUGACUUUAGAUUUGUUCAUGUUUGUAAAGAUGUACUAGAAGCUCCAGUAAAUGGAAAAGUAAUUAAUGGAAGAGGUGACUUGGGAAGUGUUACAACUUACAUUUGUGAUGAUGGCUAUCUUAUUGUAAACUCUAAAUUCAGAGUUUGUCAAGCAAAUGGAUUUUGGAGUGGGCAGAGUCCAAAGUGUCUCAAAAUGCCACCAGGAUUCAAAUUUGACUGUCCCAGCACCAAACAAAAUCCAACUGUGUUUGACAACUUCUCUGAAGAUCCAUGUGACUGUUCAGCAUUCUUGCACUGCAGUAGGGACUCAAUAUUCCAGAAGUCAUGCCCUCCAGGCACACAAUGGAAUAAAGAUAUAACAAUGUGUAGUCAACCACUGCAAACAUUUUGUCGAACAAGAAAUGCAACUAAUCCGGAUUCAGAUUGUACAUGAUUAUCAGUAAAAGAAAUAUAGAUUGUAAUAAUAUUAACAUAUCUAUACAUAUAUAUUUGUUUACAGUGCUAGUAUGAUUAAUGUGACUAUGGUUAUAAGCACUGUUAUUUUACUUUACAAACCUUGAAAAUCAAUGAUAAU